GCAGGCAGAGGCCCGUGCUGCAGUAGGGGGGCGUAAUAGGAGGAAAAAAUAACAACAUUUUUUUUUUUUUUUACUGCUCUCACUGCAUCUUUUAUCCGCGUCUCUGCCGUGCAAGUGCCACAUCCCGCUACCAGCAGCAGCAGCCGCCGCCGAUAACCCAUCGCAGUCUCAAUGCUUAUUUCGCAUUAGGGCUAAUAUAAAAAAAUCCGUGCCAGACAUGGGGGAGAACAUGAUGCUUCUCUUCAAGAUGUCGGCCCAACAGACUAACUGGCUUGUGACGACGAUGCCCAGUCGAAGAUCCUGGGAUUGAGACGUGAAUCCCUUUACACUGAUGGCCUGGACUGAGUUUCAGCUGGCCUGCUGAAGCUAUGGGGAGCUGUUGGAGCUGUCUGUACAGAGACCCCAUCCGAGACAACCAUCUCACCAAAUUUAAGGUCACCAAUGUGGAUGAUGAGGGCAACGAGCUGGGCUCUGGGAUCAUGGAGCUCACCCAGACCGAGCUCAUUCUUCACACACGUAAGAGAGAUGCCAUCCGGUGGCCGUAUCUCUGCCUGCGCCGCUACGGCUACGACUCUAACCUGUUUUCUUUUGAAAGCGGUCGUCGCUGUCAGACUGGGCAGGGAAUCUUUGCAUUCAAGUGCUCCCGUGCAGAAGAGAUCUUCAAUCUGCUUCAGGAGCUGAUGCAAUGUAACAGCAUCAACGUGGUGGAAGAGUCGAUGAUGAUGAGUCGCAGUGGUCACACACCAGAGAUGGAAAUGUCUCGCACACCACAGACUCCCAACACUCCAGCGUUCCCUGUCCAGGCUUUUCCCAACGGCUACCCUGGUUAUCCAAUCAGAGGUGAUUCCUCCCAGCCCUCUCUUGCUGAUGAUCAUGGUCAUAGCCUCAUGGGUUUGGAAGACCAGACCCACACCUAUGUAAAUACUGUUAGUAUGGAGGAGGAUUUCUCUAUGCGUCACUGUGUGCACUCCCUGCCUGAGGUGCGGCCCAGCUCUUUCCCUGAAACAACACGGGGAGCCAUGCCUGUCGGGGGCCAAGGAAAUCCGCAGUCCAACAUGCGGUGCUGUCCCCUGGAGGAGCAUAACGAUCCUCAGGUGUUCUUACAGCCGUCCUCGCAGGAGGUCAAAUUCAUGCUGGGCCCCACUCCGGCACAACGCCAUCUGCUGGAGAGAGAGCGGGAGAGAGAGAGGGAGAGGCAUGGGCACAAUCCUCACAACCUUCAGCCAGUAGAGGGUGCAACAGGCUCAGAGACGGAGGGAGACGAGCCCUCUAUGCACCUGUGCAACUCUCACUCCUAUCAUCAUUUCCAUCAUCACGCGCACCGGCACCCGGGCCUCGAGCACCCAGACAGCUGCCAGAGCGGGGAACUCACCUACGAGAACAUCAACGGGCUGAGGAGCGGCCGGAAGCAGCGGCUGAGUCCCAGCAGCGUGUCUCAGUCUGUGGGUUCAAGCAGCAGCAGCAGCACUGGGGACAGUCACACCCACUCCCUCCUGCACCCACACUCCCUCGGCCCAUCGUCUCUACCCCCGCAGGGUUACCCCUGCGAGAGGGGCAUGGGUGGAGGUCAUCGUCGGACAGCUCUGCUUAACUACGAGAACCUGCCCUCUCUGCCACCAGUGUGGGAGUACAGCGCUCUGCAGCGGGACGACGAGCAGGAGGAGGAAGAUGAUGAGCAGGAUGAGGAGGAAUAUGAGGAAGAGGAGGAAGACUUUGAUGAGUAUGAGUUCUCAGAAGGCCCUGGGACACCCAACGGGUACCACCAGGAUGGUCGGGGCAUCCACAGAGAUGCCCUGCAGAACUAUGUCAACACAGAGCAGGUCCAGCCGCCCCGGCUCCGACACGCCUGCCCCCCGCAUCCACGGCCGUGUCAGCCAGACAGAGGGGGGCGAAUAUUUAGCUUUGAUUUCCGCAGACGAUCGAGGUCAGGGGUUGGAGGCUGUGAGCACGGCCACAUACCUCCAUCGCGGCAGCUGAAUUACAUCCAGGUGGACCUAGAGGGAGAACCUCCCUGCCAAGCCCUCAGCGGCGGGGGUGCCCAGACCCAGCCACAGCACCAGCGCCUACCACCCAAAAAAUGUGGCCCGCAGGCACCCCGGCGCAGUGAAUGCUACGCAGUCAUUGACCUAAAGAAGACCGCUGCCAUGUCCAACCUGCAGAAAGCUCUGCCCAGGGAUGAUGGGACUUCCAGAAAGACUCGCCACAACAGCACAGACCUGCCUCUGUAAACGGUGUUCAGACUGAAGAGGAACGAUGAAGACAGAUGAAGGCUUAUCCUCAUCUUAGCACACUGGACCCUUCACUGUCAUCCAUCCAUUCAACUGUCGGGCUGACUAAUACAGUACAGGUACCUAAUUAGAAACUUACUGAAACCUAUCUGUGCAUAUAACAGGAAAUGAGGAAUCUUUGAGGAGAAUUUGCCAUUUUAUUCUGUGUUAUUUAUUAGAUAUGUGGUGUGAAGCUCUCUCGAGAAAUUGGCAGUUUGCUGGAUAUAUGGAUAUUUAAAUAUAGGCAUAAAAUCAUAUAAACUUAUAUAUGAUUUCAUGCUUAGCUAUGACUUAGAGCAGAGACCUCUGUUUUCAGUGGAAGCAGUCAUUGCCAUACUUUAAUAGCAAACUUUAAUUCAUGAACCCAUCUCCACUCACACAUUAUUGUUCCUAUCAUUUAGUUAUUUUACAUCCAUGUGGUUUUUUACUUAAAUACUAUGAGAGGCAAAAAUGUGACCUCGUUGCAGGAGAAGUUGGCGUGAAGGAAGGUUAAUGGUUCCUCCAAGAUACUGGCCAAUAUUCAUACCUCAUCACAAGCAUCUAAGUCUAAACGUGUGGCUAGUAGAAGAGACCAUUAUUUGUUCAUAUAUGCCUAUAGAGCAUUUUGCACACAAUCCUAUGGAAUUGUAUUUUAUCAUAUUUAAGGGAAUGGUGUCGUCCAGUCCAAAAAAAAUAAUGGAGUUAAGUGAACAGAAGAGAUGGUGAUAUUUGCAGAGUUAUACUAAACUGAAUGAUGGUAAAAGUAGCACACAUGGAUGAAACGAGCUCCGGCUCCCUCCUAUCCACAUGCAGCAAAUGAAAAAGUAGCAUAUCAUCUUCGAUCACAUCCUUCUGCACCUCAUCCCAGACCUGCAGGAGGUCCGCGCGGUUUACGCUUGUCACGUUGCACUUUUGACCCUGGGCCACUGAAACGCUCUCUGUCUCUACUCCCACGCCGCUGGAGCCACAGCUUCGACCGUGUCCUUUUUACCAAAAGCAGGGGGCCUAAUAUUUCACGCACAUUCUUAGUCAGCAUCGUAGGUAGGAUUUAUUUACAUGCUUUGAUGGCGACAUCAACAACCUCAAAUAGUGGCAUUAAGCUAUAACCUCACAUAAAAAGUGCUGAAUAUGUAAUUUGUCAGUUAUCAGGUGUGAAUGCUGUUAAAGGGUAAUCAAGUAUGUCGCAGAGUCAUGACGUGGAGAUUUUUGUGAGGCUAUUUAUCAACCUUGGUCAGAUAUUUAUUUAUUUAUUUAUUUAUUCAUUCUUUUGUUUCUGAUUGUAAUAAUUUUGUUUUCCAUGUGACGACCAGCGUUUUGUAAUCCAGUUGGUAAUGCGGAGACCAAAGUUUCACCUCAAAUUAUCACUGGACUCUGGUGUAUUACUGUUAUAACUGUGCUUAGUUAUAUUUAAAAAGAAAAAAAGAGACUGUAUUUAUAUUUUAAGUGCCAAAACUUAUUUGCAAACUGUAUGAUGAGUAGAAAUCAAACGUGCCAUAAGGAUUUGUAGGAAAUUGUGAAUACAGUCCAGAGAUAAAAACAGAAAAAUCCAACUUUUCAAGGAUUAUAAUUAAAAACGAUAAAAACUGCACAUUCCACCUCAUCCACAUCGACAGCCAUCUGGGAGCGAGAUCUAAGAAUGGUGAUGUUGUAGUCUGAUAAUCACAGCCAGGGUGGUUUUAUGCUGCUACAUGUACAUACUAACAGUAGCCCCUGUAGGCUACAGGUACCUGUCAAAAUGAAAACGUUACGUGUUUGAACCUAUGCGAUGUCAGAUCUUUUACCAUAUUGUUAAUUGCUAAUAGAAGUAGCAUUGUUGUGUUCUUCUGGGAUCAUUUCUGAGCAGUAGAAAUAUAUAAUGUACCAUUUCAGAGAACGUUUCAUUUGGCAAGUAUUUCAUUUCAUUGAUUGUUUUUCUGGACAAACUGGCUGUCUGGUAGGAGAGCUGACGGAGGCACAAGCCCACUGACGCUGUCAUGUUUUUGUUGAGCGCUCACAUCAAGGUGAUAUUUUUCAGCUGACGGAGGAGCUUUUACACAUGUUUAGGCCUUCAGAUGCAGACUUAGCUGUAGUUCCUUCAACAGAGCGUUCAAGAGAUCAGUAUGGGACACAAAUACAAACUCUCAACUUCUGAUGAAGAGGGUUUUUUGGCUUCUGUGUGACAUCAUGUGCAAAUCAAAGAUGAUUUAUUCAAAAAUAUUUAUGCAUGAUUAUUGCUUCUGAUUGCUGCUGUAUAGAUAUUUAUUUUACAUUAAAUAUAUUUAUUUAGAUAUUUCAUUUAGAAUGAUAUAAAACUGAAAAUCAGUCAGAGGAAAACUAGUUCCUAAACUCACAUAAUCUAUUACUAUUACUGCUAUUUUUUUUUUUUUUCAAAUUAUUAUUUGCUAUUUAUUUUUAGACAUGAUACAUUUUCAUUUUAUGACUUUUAUGUUUUUUUAAUAACCAAAAUUGUUCAGUCAAUACAAUGCCAGAAAAUGUGGAAAAAUGCACACCAGUCUCUAAAUUACAAUACCAGUACCCUUUAAGUGAUACUGAUGCCAACAGAGUACUUUAUUUGAUACCUUUUCAAAAAACUUGAUUUAAAACCCAUCAUGUGGAAGGAGUGGCGUAUAAUAUAGCCAUUUUUUUCAAGGGUUUUGGUCCAUGUCGACACACUGAACUGCCAACUCUGUCACACUGCGCUCAACCUCACCACACCACAGACUGUAUGGGUUGUAGUUGCUGAGGUAGUGGGUCAGUCACACCUUGCAUUAGAUGGAGGAAUGCUUUAAGUGACAGGCUGCGAGCAAAACCUUGGAGUCCCCCCCCCCCCCUAGGUUUUGGUACAAAAAACAUUGAAUCCAGGUUUCAGUGGAGAAGUUUUAAUACUACUUGUUACUGGUUUAUUUUGGUCAGUAUUGUAGAGGUAUUAAGUACCGAUUCAAAGUCCUACUAGUUUCCGACAAUCUGUGGGGUCAUCUUAUUUUGUUCAACCAACAGUCCAAAAUUUAAAGAUAUUAAAGGUGCUGUAUGUACCUCUGGAGAAAGACCACCAAUCUAAAGCCUCAGUAUUUGUCGACCUGGGAAUGAGACUCAACAAUCAACUAUCUGUCUCCAGAGUUACAUACAGCACUUUUAAAUUGUCAACAAUAUGAAACUGGAAAAGUCCCAUAGAGAUAAAUAAUUUGUCAAAAUUAUAGACAAAUGAAUUAAUCAAUAGUUCCAAAACUCACAUAAUCUAUUACUAAAUUGUUGUUUUUAAAAGUCACUUUUAUUCACAGGUGUUAAGGACAGGAACAUGCUAUUAUUUUCAUUAUUAAUUAAUCUGUUUUUUUUUUGUUUUUUUUUAAAGCUGCUCUGAUUAGCAGAGGGCGAAACUGUUAGCAGCAUUCUCUCUUCAUCUCUGAAAUGCUUUGCCGAUACUGACACGUGUUAUAUUGUGUUUAUCUUCAGACUCUCCUUUAGACUCUUUUUGAUAAGUCCGUCUCCCGUUUUGGGUUGCUUUGCAGUGUCAGCAGUUGUUGAAGUGAUCUGUGAUUGGCCACAGUCUAGCGUCACAGGCUAGAUUUUCCAAAGAUUGAAAACAGAGCCAAGAGGAGGUGCUGAAAUCAAUGUUUUACUCUCAGUCCACUUGCAUUACAGUAUGCUCAAAGUUUAUUGUGGGAUUUUUGCCCAUUGUAGCCAAAAUUAAACUCCCUACCCCAGCUUUAAUCUGUAAAUUGUUUGGUACACAAAAAGCCCAUCACAAUUUUCCUGAACCCCAAGGUGAUGUCGUCAAACGGCUUGUAUUGUCAGACCAACAAUGCCCACAUGUUUUCCAUUUACAGAUAUAAAACAGACAAAAACAAAAAAUAAAAUGAAAUAAAAAAUAAAACAACUACUGCUACUGGUUUGAUGGCAACAAUAAUGAUAGAGUUUUAGUGUCUGAUAAACAUUCCCAACACAGAAGCUUUAAAUAACCCCAAAUGAAAAGUUGAUGCUUUGUAUUUUUGUUCUGCCAUCAUAUUUUAAUAUGACAUUUUUAAAAAAGUAUCUUCUAUCACAAAAAGGCCAACUGUUAGGGGACAUUUUUGAGUGUGUUUGCGAAGAUAUUGUCAUGAUACAUUGGAAGGAUGUUUACAUUUUUGCAAUAAUGGGUGAAUUCUUGUUUUGUCGAUCUAAAUCAGACCAAUGUGUGAAGUGUGACUUUUAAAUAGUAGUCUACGUAUAGAGCUGUGGGCUUAAUGUAUUUAAUCGCCUGUUCUUCUGUGAAUCAGCAGUCUUAUUUUGAUUUCAGGUACAAUGUUUACCUUUCAGUCUUCAUAGUGCGAUCUCAGCUAUGAAAGUUAAAAAAGAAAAAGAAAAAAAAAGAUGCCUGUUUUCUUGAUUGUCAGACACUGUGUUUGCGUAAACUCACAUUAACAGUGCCAUACAGUAGGUGACCAUUGCCAGUACUUAAAUUCAAUUUUAUUGUAUUGAACUUUUCAAACCAGUGGCUAUGUUUCAUCCAGGAAACAGAAAGUGUUUCAUCUAAUUUCUCAGAAUAUUGUUACAUGUGGUUUUAUGGUCAUUUUAAAAAAAAUAUCCAUGUUUAAAUGUGUUAGCUAUCUUUGUUAUAACGCAGUAACCUCACCAACACCCAAACCAGUGAUUACAGCAUCAUUACCACAGACUCCUUUGUUUACCGAUUAAUAAUCAAAGUAAAUAGAUGUGCUAAAUCAUUUUUCAAAAAAACGCUUUUGUGAUCUAAUUGCACUUGAGUUCAAACAAAGUGCAGCUCCCAUCCCAUUACUCAUUGUGACUGACUCGGGGGUUGAUGCUAUCUGAAAUGUGUAAUUCUCAGUCACCUUCAGUGUUUAUGCUCAAGGCGUAAAUUCACACAGGUGUCAGUGAAAUUUAUCAGGUGUCGCCCAGGGGUGUGAUUGGUUUUUCAGGGCAGGAUGACACAAAGUUUAUUAAGUUCCUCUAACUGAAUUUAUUGGAUGGAAUGUUACACAAUAAAAGGACUUGCUCUGUGUUUACUGUACAAACAUGAACGCCAUAAAGUCCAUUGUAAUAAAUUUCUCACUGUGCCUUUCAUAUUCAAACUGGAGAAACAUUUUCGUCGCUGUUUAUGAGAGCAGCCUGCUGUUAAAAAAAACGAAGCCACAUGUUGAAAGUUUAGAAACAAAGUUGAAAGGGGCCUGUGGUUUCAUACUUCAAGCUGUACUUGAAGUUGUGUUUGAAAAAAGUGCCAACUCCUGAUUGUUUUACACCAUACUGUAUUUUACAAAUGUCUGUUUAAAGGAAUGUUUGGAAAUUCUGGGGAAAAUGCAUAUGUGCUUUCUUGCCAAGUUUGAUUGGAAGAUUGAUCCCACUAUUGUGUCUGUGCACUAAAUGUAACACCGAAAACACUCCAAGCAGUGGCAAAGUGCGGCCUGCGGCAAGCUGCCAUGUAAUAUCUAUGGAAUGCUGCGGCGGCCUGUGGCCAUUUGAUUCCGUGGCAAACUGCGGCCGAACUAAAAGUUGAAUGUGUUUUAACUUUUAGUGGUAAAUUGUGGCCAGAGAAUACCAGUAGCCAGUAUGUAAACAGAGUCCUGUGACUCCUUUGACAUGUUGACUGGUGUUACAAAGAAUUUCCUCCUACCUGAAACACAUGAACACGCCCCCCGGCAGCAGCAAAAUAUAAUUAUAGUGGCAAACCCCACUUCAAGGCUGCUUGACGUGUUUUCGACGUAAGGCUACAGCUCAUAGAUGGUUAUGUUAGCUUAGCAUAUAAGCAGUUGCUAGGAAACCAGCAGUAACUCCAGGAAGUCACUGCCCCCAGCCAUGAAGUAAUUCAGCACACAGUCUCGCAACCCAUUGGCGGUCAGUCCGCAGCGAUAAACCUCUUGAGGCAAGGGCCAAUAUUUGGAGAGCUCCAGUGUAGCCAGCGGAUAUCUGGGUCGAGACUUCCCCUUCUGGGCAGAGGCCAUUUUGGCUAAUCUCUAUAAAAAAUAUCUACACAUAUGAACUAGAGCACUCGGAGAGCGCAGACCUCCACCAAGCAGCUCGGAUUUCCCGCCAUUUUAUUAUUUUAUCCACGUCGCCUCAACCGAUCACCACCAAAAUGUUAUCAUCUGCUCCUUGUCCCAUUAUCAAACUUUCCUGAAAAUUUCAUCAAAAUCCGUUGAGAACUUUUUGAGUUAUUUUGCAGACAAACAGACCAAUGCCGGCGAAAACAUAACCUCCUUGGCGGAGGUAAUUAGGGGUUGGAAUCACCAGAGGCCCCAUGAUACGACAUUAUCACGAUACUUAAGUCACGAUACACUAUUAUUGUGAUAUUAAAAGUAUUGUGAUAAAAUAUAUUGCUUUUUAUUAACUUUGUCCAACUGUAAAUUGUGUCCCAAAAGGAAAACUCUGUCAACAUCUGUUUAUCUGAUAAGAUAGUUUUAAGUCUGUCAUCUCGCUUUUUUUUAAAUUGCAUCAAAAAUGUAUCUAGUGAGCUGAAAAAGUAUUAAUUUUAUAUUCUAGUAGGCCACCAAAAGCUUAAUUUCCACUUGUCAUAUUAGUAAUUUAUAUGAUAAACAAGUCGUUACUUGGCGUCCAUGUAUCGAUACGAUGUUGCCACACAAAAAUAUCGCGAUACUAUGCUGUAUCGAUUUUUGCCCCCACCCCUAAUAUAAAUGACGAUAGCUGAUGGGUUCCCAGAUUGCAUUCUGGACUCUCCACACAGACUGUUUACUUGCCCCUCAAACAUGAUUGGUCAAAACUACUCAGACUACAAACGGAAACCAACAUCUCGUGCCGUUGCUACAGAUUCUGCAAACAUAUGCAGAUAUCUGCUCAUAGAGGUUAUUCGGCACAAAAUCAUUGCUCAUCAGACUGAUUCAGAAUGAGAGCGAUACCAAUCUUCUCAUCUAACUCUUGGCAGGAAAGCAAAUAUCUUAAGCAUAUCUCCAAAACUGUUGAACUACUCCCUUUGGGUUUUUGACAUUAAAUUUGAAUGAGUCAUCAUUUGUUGAGAUUACACGAGUCAUGAUCUUAAUAAUCUGUUCAGUGGUUUAGGAGUGAAAAUAUAGCCAAACUCGGUGUGACUGAGAAGGUGUUGAAUCAUGACUAGUAUGUUCUGUAGCAUAUAAUGUUAAUUAUGAGUAAAGACUACCGUGUGUUUGUCAUUAUGAUGUCAUGUGCACUCCAUGAUUCCUCAUCAGCUGCCAUUUCUUCUCAUAGUGCUGAAGAAUGUGAAAAUAAAACUCCUUUCAGAGAUGUUUUUUUGUAUACUUUUAUAAUUUGUAACCACUGAAAAUGUGUAACAUAAGCUGGGUUACGAGAGUAUAGGAGGAACAGAGAGAAAGGCCGCAACACAGUUUGCACCACAGUGCUACAUGCCAUCUUCAUCAGUGGUUUUUCAUCAUCAUCAUCAUCAUCAUCUUAAGUGAUUCUGUAUCAUCAUCAGAAAUGACAUAUUGUAAAACCUCAACUUCCUGUCCAUGCUAUGAGAUAGAUCUCUGUCAAAAUACUGAAAGUAUCAGAAAACUGUAAUAUCUCUUUAUUAUUAUUAUUAUUAUUAUUCUUAUUGUGUUUUUUUUUAAAAUCUAGUUUGUUUUUGUCUGGUAUGAGGGUGUGAUCACCACCAGAGGGUGAUGUACAUGUACGGGUCUGAGCUGUACAUUUUUGUGUAUUUGCAUACAGGUUGCAUUGGCCUAACUUUGUGACUAUUAUAUCAAUUUAUGAAUCGAAUGAGUGCCAAAUAUGCUCGAGCAUGACAAAAUCCGGGACCUACGAGGAACUGCAGGUACUCACUGACUCAUCGGAGUCAGACACGAGUGACUCGCUGCUGUUGUAGACUCUACUUGUGAUACAAAUGCACAGCUGAAGGUUUAACCAUGCUAAAUAUUUUUGCUGAAAGAGAGGGAGGGGGGGGGGGUUCUCUUUGUUUUUGUCUCAGUUUGGCAAAAGUUUAUUCAGAUAUUUGUUGUAUGUUUCUGUGUUUCCAUCCAUGGCUUAUAAAUGCGGUGAUGGUCUUAUCAUGCUGCCAUUAGAGGUGAAUAUUAAAAGCUGAUUUGCUUCAUUUGUUGGACUGUCAAAAAGAAAACAUUUGGGUCAUUUUCAUUCUUGAAUCAUUCCACACAGAGAUGUAUGUUAUCUGACCUCUUCAUCCCACUCUGUCCCAAAACAAAGUGAGCCUGACAUUUGGUGACUUUUACCCUGAAUUUUAUCAAUUAUAGUGUGAAUUUGUCCAAAAUGUAAAAGUAAAUGUAAUUCUAAUAUUAAAAUGAAGCUAUGAAAAUAUC